UUAAUGGAUCGGUCGAUCGAUCAUUAUGAAAUAAAUGAAUUACGAUUUACUCAAAAUGGGUAAAUUUGACGCUCUCUCUUUUUAAAAUGUCAGAAAAAAUUAAUGUACUAUUUGUGUGUCUAGGCAAUAUUUGUAGAAGCCCCAUGGCCGAAGCAGUAUUUGCACAUACUGUUAAGAAAAAGGGUUUAGAGUCUCAGUUCAGAAUUGAUAGUGCGGGUACUGCAGGUUUUCAUGUUGGUGCAUCAUCUGAUUAUCGUUCGGCUCAAACAUGUAAACAAUAUGGCAUAAUUAUAGAUCAUUAUGCAAGACAGGUUGUAACGCAAGAUUUUGGAGAGUUUGAUUAUAUACUUUGUAUGGAUAAAUCUAAUUUAGCUGAUCUGAAGGAUAUACAACCGAAGGGAUCAAAAGCAAUCAUUAAAUUAUUUGGUGAAUAUGAUCCCCAAGGAGAACAUAUAAUUCGAGAUCCAUAUUACGGAGGAAUCGACGGAUUUGAAAAAAAUUUUCAACAAGUAACCAGAUGUUCAGAAGCUUUUAUAAAAAGUUUAAAUUUGGAAUAGAAACCAGGAUUUGCUAAUUUGCAUUUAUUUAAGAAUUUAUUUCAUUAUAUAGUUUAAUGAUCAAUUAAAAAAAAAAAAAAAAUUUAUAAAUUUUUUUU